AUGGCCUCCGUCACGCGCUCCACCAGGAGGGCGACGAACACUGAAGGCCUCGUCCAGCAGCAGCUUCACCCGGUGCCCAUUCCGCGCCCCCAUCCCCAUCCCCUUCACCAUCCCGUCCAGGCCUUCGCCGCCGCCAACACGAACACUGUGACGCGCGCCGCCAGCACCCCCCAAAACAUCAACACCUACCACCAUUCGAUCCCCGGCCGCACCAAGCGCCAGAUCGAUGCGGCCGACAACGUCGUCGAUUUCGAUCACCAGAAACCCAAGCGGCCGAGGACGAGCAUCGAGAUCCUCAUUCGCCCUGCGCCCUCGCCCGCCAGGCCUGCCGUCGCCAACGCCAACGCGACCACCACCACCCCCAACGUCACCUCGACUCCGCAACCGACCACCACGACAACGCCUCGCCCGCCCGCCCCCCUACCAAAGCCCACGCCGAGAUCCGCACCGCAACACGUCGCGACGGUGCAUCCCCCGAAUCCGACACCGGCUCCCGCCAACGGCAAUGCUGCCCAGUUGACCAAACACCAAGAAAAGGUUAUCAACGGAAUUAAACACGAGCUGGAUCGCCUGCAGCCCCGCGAUGUAGAUACCCACACGAAGGAGGGAGGCCGCAAGCUGCGCUCCCAAGAGGCCACUCGCUUCAAGAGCGAACUGUCGGCCUACUUUCCCGAGUACGACGAGGUCAUUGGGAACGAGCCCAAGGAACAGCAACUCUUCUCCAUCGAUACCCCGAUAGUCGUUUUUGACUCAAACCCCACACGCCAUCAGCCAGUCUCCUGGCAGCGAUACCUGGGCACCACCGCAGAAUUUAGAGCGAUACGUGACGCCUCAGCAAGCUUACCCGACGCACACAGAGUGCCAGUGCGCGGCUACGGCGAUGCUCUGUUUGACGAACUGGUCGAUGCACAGCGCAUAGACUUUGAUUUCCUCGGCAUCUCCCACAAAAGAGAACCCGUCGAGGACCCCCUUCCCGAUGCAACCUUUGUGUCGGCCCACAAGAGGGCAGAACGAUUGGAAAAGUCCAUACGCAACACGGAGAAGGGUCGGGCCCAGCAUGAAAAGGACCAGAUCGCCCGUCUCCUCGAUGGCCUUCAAGGCCAUGACUGGCUGCGAGUCAUGGGUGUUAGUGGUGUGACUGAGACGCGGAAGAAGCAGUUCGAGCCCGCACGGCAGCACUUCAUCAAAGGCUGCCAGGCGAUUCUCGACAAGUUCCGCCAGUGGAGCUUGGAGGAAAAGCGUCGCAAGGCCGAGAAAGACCGCGCCCUUGCUGAGAAAGCAGAGGCGGAGGACACAUCCGAGGCUCAGCGCGCCGGUCGUAAGGUGGUGGCAUGGGGACAUCCGGUACCAGAGAUACCCGAGGAGGAUUUCGAUCUUCCUGAAGAGUUUCGCGAUGAGGAGACGCUGAGGGUGCAUGCGAGGAAGAAGCGUCGUGAUCGUCGAGGCCGACACUGA